AUGGCCGGCUCGAAGGUGGAUUUAACGAACGAACAGAAAAUGCGCGUCACAGAUGAUCGAAGACUGGUCUUUAGCUGGCUUCAAACUGCAGAUCAGCAAGAGCACGACGAAGACGUGGGCGAGGUGGGCGACUGGGUGACUGUCGAUCCGUUGACACCUUCAAGACGACAGCUUCCACCUCUGCAUUGCGAGGAAGUCUCGCCUACUAACACAAGCUUCUCUUGUAACUCUCUUUUCGACCCUCCAGCUCUGUCACACGACCGGGAGGGGUUGGACCCGUUCUGCGACGAUGUUCCAGAUAUUGCUCCUGCGAAUGACCAGGCGUGGGACCUAGAAAAUAAAAGAGAACGAUGCGGCACUGCACUUGUCGUAAAACCUCUCGAUACCACCUUCGAUGACGCGGACAGUCUUGUCUCGUACGAUCCGCCAAGCGAAGUCAGCAGUGGCUCGAACAACUUCGACGCUCUAGAGAAUACGACUGCGUCACUUAUCGACCCAGACGAACCUCGCUUUGUCUGCAUCACGUCAUGUACGCAGUGUAUCCUCGCCGACUUACCAUGCUCUCGCACAGUCCCUCAUUGUUCGCGAUGCCGUCGAAAGGGACAGGAAGCGCUUUGUCUCCUGCACCGACGGACGUUCCGCGAAGAAGUCACUUGUUUUGAUGCACCGUCCUGCGUGACGCCAGUACUCUUGAAGCUACAAGGAGAAGACGCAAACGUAUGGGAGGCAAAGCUCAGGCUGGAAGAAGAGCUCGAACAGUCAUGGCGUGCUGUCGAGGACCGCAGGAAUUGGGUUUUGCCAUCGCUGGACGGGUUUGGAGAAGUCUUUCGCAGUGAAGGCGAACAGCUACAGGCAUCCUUUCCAGGAGAAGGCAAGGGCCGGUUGACCUACAAGGAACUUCGUGUGGCCACGAUUGACUGAACACGUAUGCGGCUGAGCAAGCACGGUGUCCAGAUGACUGUUUGGAUGGCUGUCUGAAGUGAUCGGUCGCUCGGAAAGAUUGGGCACGGUACUCGGAUAUUAAGAGAGUUCGUAUCGCAAGAGACUUUGCACAUUGAACAUGGGGCUGUUAAGGUAGUGGACACUAUUUCGCUCUAAGCAUUCGACGCUGAUAUGUGAUCGAGAAGAGUGUCAUGGCCUUCACUCGAAUUGUAUAGUCUGAGCCGAUAGGCGAGCUUCAACUUACAAUGCGAUCGCAUAACUUGAUAAUGUCAAUCUCACAAAGUCAUCAUACCAUG